CCGAAGGUGACGGUAUGUCACUCCCAAAACAUCAAACGGAGACCAAGCAGUUAAAGCCACUGCUAUGUCACUUGCUGUCCACUUUUAAAAUUGAGUAUGACACAGAAAAACUGAAGAACACCGCCCAUGAGAUGGAGCUUCUUUCUUUGGUGGUUUCUAAAUUCCGAACAAUAUUUAACAAGCAGCAGACUAUGAGGACUUUUCCUGUAUAUGAUUCAGGCUUGGAAUCUGCUGACAGAUGGGGUUUCAGAGGCCCAACUAUGGCCUUAAAGAAGAAAGCAAACUGGAUUCCAUUUGUAAAGAUAAAACCCAAGCGAGAUCCAUGGCAGCAGAAAUAUCUGACAAAAUUAAAACAACAAAAAAAGGUGGAUGAGCUGUUACGUCUCCAGUCUCAGUUUAUUGAGAUCUCAAAUCCUGAGAAAGUAAUGGAGGUGUUGCAGGAGCAUGCAGGAAGGGUCCUGGAGCCUUCACCUGUUCAUGGGAUGUCCAUGAAAAGUAGCUAUGAAAUCUGGGUUAAGAUUUACUGUCCAAUGGACAUUCUUCAGGAUCAAAACCCAAGUGAUGUAUUAUCUUCACAGCAGAGCGGUGAAAAAAUCCCAGACAGUUCAAGCAAACGUCCCACAUCAUCUAGGCAGAAAAAGGAAACAGGGUACAACUUCCAAAACAUGUUGCAGCUACUGGGUUUAGAAGAGGCAGAAGAUAAUAACAGUAAUGAUCCUGUGAUGAUGAAAGGAGCCUACUUGUCUUGUCUUUACUUGCGUCAUCUAAGAAUCAGAGAACUCCAGCGCGCUUGUCUUGGAUACUUGAAUUAUUUCCGGUCUAUCCAGAGGACACUAACUAUCGACACUAAUUGUCUCACGGCUACUUCUAGUAACCAGAUGCCUGGUGCUGGUGAGGAGCCAUGUUGGGUAAAUGCAGCACAGGGAGGUUCUGGUGUGUCUGAGGGACUUGGAUGUCAUCUUUACAUGCACAACACCCCAGCAGACUUCAAGGUGCACAACGCCCAAUUUAUGGAGUUCUCAGAGAUGGACAAUCACAAUGACUUCUACACAGUGGAGAAUGGAAUGAUCCACACUCAGGAUCAGAGAGGGGCCUUUAUCAUGUAUGAUAUAGCUUUGGAAGAUCUAAAAGAGAUUGAGGAACAGUUGCUACUUGUGACUACUGACUUCAUUCAGAGGGAUAAAAGUUUCAAAAUAAGCACAAAGGACUCGGGUGCUGCGGGCCUUUUAGACUGGGCAUGUAUAAAUGUUGAUCGUUCUGCUGUGCUUCUUGAUUUGUGGACAUGGGAGGCUGCGCUGCUUGAAAACAAACAGCAGCUUCUAGAUAGUUACUAUGAGGCUUACCAGCAUGUUCUGGACCCAGAAGAAAGAUUUGGUUUGGCACAGGCCAUCACUGACAUCAUCUUCAGACGACCGCGGUUUGACAUCAGUUCCAAUUACUUCCUGACAGCUUACAAAGAUGAGUGCCAAUUAAUGAAGCUUCAUAUGCAGCUUGUGAGAAAUGCACUGAACAACCAGAUUGAAAGGCAGAGAGAGUUUGUUAAGAAGAUUUGGCGAAAUGGACAAAGAGGCGGUGUCUAUGAAUAUGGACUUCCUAUGAAUUUCGUUACUGAACCACUUGUAUCACUUAACACCAGUUGCCCUGCUUUAAAAAAUGUCUAUCUCUUGGAAUUUCACCCUUCUUUGGGACUGGCGUAUCUGAUCCCCAAAGCGUUGGAUCAUAUUUAUCAAGAGUUCCAGCAUAUCUGCCAAACAAAAACAGCAAGGCAGGCUUCCAGUCUGGAAAAACAAGUCCUCCAAUUAGCGAUAGAUGAAUGGCUGUCGACAACAGAUCACAAAUCAUCUUUCAAUGAUAACACUCGGAGAGAUCUGUUUGAAGAGGUGUUUGUGGAGGAUCCUUUGAUGAUUACGGAUCUUUGCUUGUCUGUCUUGGAGUCAGUAGAUGAAGAGAAGAAACAUGGCCGUGCUAAACAACUGUUUGCUCUAGACACAUUUUGCAAGGUUCUAGAGCUGGUCACUAUUCGCCAUCGGUUAAUAGGGACGUCCUUCGAAACAGCACUUCUUUCGAGGAGCUAUAAGAUCUUUGCAGAAGAAAUGGGAUUUAAUGAGUUCCACCUAUACUUGAGACCGGUACACUUUGAGUUUGCAUCUCACAAGAGGCAAGUGGACAAGCUUCCUCCUACGUUCAUAACUUCUCUUCUGGAGGAUGACAGCAGUGUAGACAGGUAUACACCAUCAUCACAGCUUCUUGCCAUUCAUGAAAUUGAUGAUAAUCAUAUUGGGAAAUUUAGCUUUUGGACAAAAGAUGGUGUAUUACAGCUGUUGAAUAAAUCUGGUGUAGAGAAUAUGCAAGUGGCCCUCGCUUGUCAAGUCAGCCAGAAGAAUGCACUGGUGGCAGCUGUCCAGCUUGCCGCCUUCUGUCACAUGGCUUCUUGUGCAUGGCACAGUGGGGAUGACACAAAGAAUGGGCAAUCAGAGGUACGAAGGCAGAGCAAUUCUAUAAAUGAGAGAAAUCCUGCAUCAUAUGCGUUUGAGGACAACCAAGCGUCAAUAGCACCCAUGCAUCAUGCCAGUAGCGGGAAGCCCUCACAAGGACAAUGGAAUAAGAAAAGGCUUCCAGAAGCUUUUGUGUCUAUCCAGCUUGAAAAAGUGGGCCCACGUGAUACAAUGCUAAACAUGUUCCUUCACAAGAAAGAAUCGAUGGGUACAGUGAUGAGAAACCCUGACGAAAUGGAAAAAAUCAAAAGGGAGCUUGUAAUUGAGUACAGUCAAUCGUUACAUAGACGUGUUUCCAGCUAUUCCCUUCGAGGACAGAUCAUUGCUUAUUGUAACAGCAUAAAUCAUAUUCUAGAGGAAUUUCCGGUUGUUAGGAAAACAUAUUUUGUCUUUGGACUCCCCCAAGGAACAAAAUCAAUCCAGAAAGAAGCUCUUGAAACAAAUCCCAGAACAUUUCAAGAGCGCCCACAUAGUUUGCUGACUGAGGAUGGACAAAUAUUUCUCAAUUUGUGGUAUAUUCCUCACCCGUCUGAGGUUCUUGUCAUGUUUAAAAUGUUGCCUGAGAAGGAAGCUUCUCGCGCACUUACCCUGACACUACAGAUUAUAGCUGCAUUGCAUGACAUUGUUUCUUACAUAUGUAGCUUUGCCCAGCUGGGUAAUUCAGGCAGUCAACAUGGCGAUAUGAAGAAUAAGACACUGGCAGCGGACUGGGGAGGCACCGAAGGCAUAGGAGCUGAGCUACGGGAUAUACAGAAGUUAAUUGACGGCCUUCAGAAUCCCCAAGAUCCCAAGGAAGUAGUGACAUUGCUGCUUCUGAAACGUGAAGUCAUGUUUCUGCAGUUUGAUGCAGCGGUACGCCAUCUGAUUCGAGAUGCAUUCUUGACUUCGGGAAAUGUCUCUACCUUCAGGAGUAUGACAGACAACAUGUGGUAUGGGCUACCAGCUCUGAGUAAUGCCAUGGCCAGGACUGCAUUCUCCUCACAGCUGCCUGUGCCACAGCCUCUCGAUCCGCGUAGUCAAAGGGCAUUUAUGCUUUAUCCUUGGAGGACCUUUUUAGCUGAUGGAGGACUCUUUCCUUUGGCAGUAAACAAGCUACACACCAUUGGAUAUUACAUGCAGCUAUGUCUCUGUGAGCUGAAUGACCAUGAGCUCAGUGUAGCUCAUGGGGAGCUGGUUGGAGUCCAGCUUUUGAUGGAAGAUAUCCUUCAGGACAACUACGCUUUUGUAUCAUUCACAGUGGAAGGUGAAACGGAAGCUAAUCAGAUGUCUCCUGAGUCAGUUCCUGUAGCUGAAAGGCAGCAGGACCUUGUGACAAAAUCAUCCAGGCAUCAGGUCUUUGUACCCCAUGACCCCAUAUCUGUGUACAAACUGCUGAGGGCAUUUCUGAUGCUUUGGAAGCAGCUAGAGGUGUGUAAAGACAAAUGGGGAAAGCUGAAACUGCGAGUGGAAGAGAUUAACACUGUGCCUCUCAAUAGGCAGUUCUGUGAACUCUACAGAGAUGAAAUAUUUUAUCCAACAAUGAAAGCAAUUGCCAGACAAAUGGGCAAAGAGGAAGAGUUUGAAGGGCUGACUCUGAGGUCUCAGGUUAUACUUCCUCCAGAGGGUGCUUCUGAGAUUGAGACCCGGGUUCGACAGCUCCAGAAAAUCCUGGAAAGCUUUGAGAGUUACAUGAUUCAUGAAGUACAAAAAAAGAUAAGUAAAGAGAUGACAAUGGUGAUAUCUGAAAGAGCGAGAGAAGAAAGAGGACUGCCGACAGAACUUUGGAAGCAACCUAUCAUGAAGGAAAACUUCUCACCAGUGAGGCCUCAUAUUGUUGAACAGUUUGUGCAGAGGCUAAUGAGUGAACAUAAGGACAGUUCCACUGAGGUCACUUUCAAAAAGGGGCAUUUAGAAUCAUGCCUGACAUCACUGGCAUGUGACAUCAUGGCAAGAGAGCAGAAUAACUUUGAAACCUACUCCAUGUUUUAUGAAAAUCUUCUUCAACAAGAGCAUCAGCUGUUGUACCAGAAGGAGCAGGAGGUGCUUGCCUUACAUGGAGAACUCAAGCAAACAGAAGAAAAUUCAUGCAAGGCAGCUGACCUGAGUCAUGAACUGAUUAUUGAAAUAACAGCUCUCAGAACCAAGCUGCAAGAUCUAGAAGAACAGGCUCUCGUGGUUAGAGAAGAGAUCACCAAGAAGGUGCAGGGUGAAUACGAGGCUCUAGUAGCCACUUUAUUUGCGACAUGUGUAAAUUUGAAGUCGAAAAUAGAUGAUUAUCAUUUUAACAUGAACAAGACAGUGAAGGAACUCAUCAGUGAAGUCAGGAAAGAAGGUAUAGAUGACAUAAUCCUUCUAAAGAAGAAAUAUGGUUCAAAGAAAGAUGACAAUGAUCUGAGAAACACUUUGGCCAUGCAUGACAAGCUGCAGUCUCUAAGAGAUGAAAACAGUGGACUACAAUCUCUAGUUUGCAAAUUAAAGGCUUUAAAUCACUGGAAAAUAACAACCAAAGAAGGUCAACUACGUAACAAACUCAGAAGUUCUGAAGAGGAAGCGGUUCAGAAUAGAAAGGAGGGCCUGAAACUAAAGCUGGUUGUUGAGCAAGAGGUGAGCUUGCUACGUCAGCAGCUGAUGGUCGUAAGGACUGCUCUGACAAGGACACAGGCUGAGAACAGCAAAUUGAAACAACAGCUGGGCAAACAGAAACAGUUGUUGGAUGAGUCCGAGCAUAGACACUCACAGCAGGCAAGGAGCAGACAGCAGCUGGAAAGCAUAAAGUCUGCCAGCAUGGACAAACUGCUGGAAGACAUUGAGCAGAAAGAGUACCAGCUCCGUGGCCUGGCUGAGGAGGCUGAUAGAGCUACAAAAAUGAGUCAGAUCCAGCAAAGCAAGAUCAAAAAAGAAGUAAAGCAGAUAAAAUCACAGCUCAUGCAGGAACGUACCAUGAAACUAGAUGCCUUCCAACGAGUGGAUGAAUUACAGACUCAAGUCUAUGAUCUGGAAAUAUCCUCUUCAAUGCGAAGUUCACCUGCCGGAAUGAGAAAGCCACCUACCUCUGCCUUAUCCCACAGCACAAGAAGCCAUUCAGCAGUCUCCUCUCGUGUCUCUCCAGCAUGCCCUCAUUACGAUCUUGGGGCAUCUGUGGAUUUCCUUAAAGACUACUUAGCAGAUGACGUUAAGCUCAAUAACCAAAUGGACAUCAAAAUACAGAGGCCUAAGACUGUGCCAAGCAGAUUCAGAAACAGAGCAACAGAAUUGAGGUCUAGUACAUCGCAGGCCAUCCUCACACAGCUUCACGAGCUACGGCUAAAAAGUAAAUGAACAAAUCGGCGUUCUCUGUCCCCUGUAGAUGACGGAUAACCACAUCGGUGUAUUAUGGCUGUGGAGAAAUACCCCAUGCAUUCUCAAAGCUUCAGGAGCCUGGCAAUUUCUGGGUGCCUUAAUAUACUGUAUGCAACCAUGCUACAAAUAAAAUGUAUGAUUCACUUUA